GAUCCAGCCUUGUCUCGUUAGCAUCGUUCUCGAUGCCAGAUGAUUCUCUGACAGUCGCUCAUCUACUUGCGACCAGAUCGACACGAGGCGUCGUCUCUAUCAGUUCGCGCUUGUGUUUAAAAUGCGGCGUGAUAUCAUCCGCGACGCGGUCAGAAAACACUUGUAAUAGUAAUUACAACCGUAAACACUUGCGAAAUAAUUUUUCAACAAUUGUCGUCGGUGUCGUCGAAUAGUGUAUGCAACGGUUUAUUUACAAUUCUCAACGCGUUUUCUUUCUGUCAUGCGUCGGAUAAGAUAAAUUGCGGUUGCGAGAUUGAAAAAAGUUUAAGCGAGCCAUAAUCGUAGGUGUUUCUAGGAAUGUUGUGGAUAUAGAUUUUUUUUUUUUUUGCCUCGAUAACGAAUCGAUGGUUUACAUAGAUCAGGUGCCCUUGGUCGAAUAAUUACUACCCGCGAGAUUCAGGUUUUUCUUUGACUGCUCUGCCGCGGAGAACCGUGUUUCGAGUAACGCAUUGGCGCGAGGUUUACGCUGAUGAAACAUUGGUUCGAGGUGAUCUUUGCUUGGAAAAAUUGCAGUGUAAUGAAAGAAUUGGCCGCGGGACGAAUCGUAUUCACGUUAUAAUGGGAUUGUGCAAGAUGAGCAAGUGCUGCUCCUGUUUCUCGCGAUUCAGGGCGGUAUUCAGGCCCGAAACCGUCACCGACAGCCCUCUGAAGCCGAUAUGCACCAAACCGGAGUGCCUUCCGCGGCCACCUGCUACGCCUACUCCAGGGGAGGACUUUGGAGUUCCCGUUCUGACGAUCUUGGACGUGGACCCGUGCAUCCCCGAAAAUGGAGAGAAUCACAGGACGUCCAGAUACGACCUGAUGACGCGACAGGACGACAAGGCUAGGUUGGUCGUCAGACGUGGACAGGAGUUCUACUUGCACCUGACUUUGUCCAGGGAUUACGAUCCCAACAUCGACGGUAUGUCGCUGAUUUUCACGUUGGAUGGGAUCGAGAAGCCUCAGUAUGGCCACGGAACCCUCGUCGCGACCCCUGUUCUCUAUCCGGGGGAGGUUUCCGAGGGCUCCUGGCAAGCCACCAUCGACGCCAUUCAGGCGAACUUUCUUCGAUUGAAGAUUGUACCAAACGCAAACGCCAUAAUAGGCAAGUGGAACAUGGACAUCGACACCAAGAACAAGAACUUGGACGGGGCUGUCAGCUAUACGAUGAAGAAUCCCUUUUAUCUGAUUUUCAAUCCGUGGAGCGAAGGUGACGUGGUGUACCUGGAGGAUGAAGAUCAGCGCCAGGAAUACGUGAUGGCGGAGGACGGUUUGAUAUGGCGCGGAAGUUACAAUCGCCUGAGACCAACGGUUUGGAAAUAUUCGCAGUUCGAGCGCGAUAUAUUGGACUGCGCCCUGCAUCUGAUGAUCCAAGUCGGGAGAGUUCGAAGUUCCGGAAGGGGCGACCCCGUUGUCAUAUCUCGCAUUUUGUCCGCGGCUGUAAACUCCCCGGACGACAGCGGGGCGGUGAUGGGUAAUUGGUCCGACGAUUUUGGGGGUGGGACACCGCCGACCAAAUGGCUGGGCUCUCAGAAGAUCCUUCAGCAGUACUACAAGACCAAGAAGCCUGUCAAGUACGGCCAAUGCUGGGUGUUUGCGGGUGUCCUGGCCACCGUGUGUCGCACCCUGGGACUUCCUUGUCGGGUGGUGACCAACUAUGCGAGUGCCCACGACACUCAGAGCAGCUUGACCGUUGAUUAUUUCGUCGACGAAGAGGGGAGGAUCAUGGAGGAGCUGAACAGCGAUUCCAUAUGGAAUUUCCACGUGUGGAAUGAAGUUUGGAUGCAGCGAAUGGAUCUGUCGGCCGAUUGUUCGGGUUGGCAAGCAAUCGACGCGACGCCUCAGGAGUUGAGCGAAGACGCGUACCGUUGCGGGCCGGCUUCGGUGGCUGCUGUGAAAAAGGGCGAGGUUCUCCGCCCUUACGACAACGGUUUCCUCUUUGCCGAGGUGAACGCUGACAAAGUGUUCUGGCGGUACAACGGGCCGACCCAACCGUUGAAGUUGAUUCGAAAGGACGUCUACGGAAUCGGUCAGUUUAUCAGCACGAAAGCGGUGGGAAAAUGGGCGAGGGAGGAUAUCACUGGAACGUACAAGUAUCCAGAAAAGUCGGACGAAGAACGGGCCGCCAUGUUGAAGGCGCUGCGGCAAAGCCAGUCGUUGUUCAGCCGUUACUACCUCAACGAGGAGUUCAACGACAUCCAUUUCAGCUUCGAGCUCCGCGACGAUAUCGUGAUCGGACAGCCAUUCAGCGUCGUGCUGCUGAUCAAAAAUAGAAGCACGAACCAAGAGUACCGGGUGUCCGUGAUCUUGAGGGUGGAGACGGUUUUGUACACCGGUAGAGUCGGAGACCCGGUGAAACGAUUGAGCAUAGAUCGACUGGUGAGACCUGGGGUCCUCGAAGAGGUGCGCAUGGAGGUUUCUUGGGAGGAAUAUGGGCCUAGAUUGCUGAACCAGUGCGCGUUCAACAUUUCCUGCCUGGCUACGGUCAAGGACACCAAUUACGAGUACUUUGCGCAGGACGACUUCCGCGUUCGGAAACCGGACAUUAAAAUCCUGGUGGAGAACGAGCCCGUGGUCGGCGAGACGUUGAACGCGAGGGCCAAGUUUAAGAACCCGUUGCCCCUCACCUUGAGAAAGUGUAGAUUCUUGAUCGAGGGACCCGGUCUCGAGGAACAAUUGAAAAUAAAACUGACGGAAACCGUGGACGUCGACGCGUUCGCCGAGUGUUCCUUCUCCAUGGUACCGAAAUUCGAGGGUCGAGCGACGAUCGCCGCCAAGUUUUACUCGAAAGAGCUCGAGGACGUCGACGGUUUCGUCAACUUCAUGGUGAAACCCGCGAGGCCUGUUGCCAACGGCGAGUAACGAGUCCUCGAAUAUACGAGCGAACGAUCGCCAAAUAUGUGUUCGUAGGUCUUUCGCGAAGCUCUCAAGUAUUUAUUUCUGUUACUUUGUAUACAAUAAAUUAUUCGAAUGGAACGUAGAGUAACUAAUUUUAGGGGGAGGGCUGCUGAGAAAGUUUACAUCUUACGUUUAACCUUGCUUGAAUCGGACGAUCGUACGAUAGAAUUCGGGGUCGUGGAACGCGUCAGCUCCGACUGAAUUGGAGACGAGAAUUACGAAUGCUUCUUCUGGAUAUUGUUUCGUUGUCGGGAUCCACGAGACGAACUGACAAAUGGAGGGCAUUCCGAGUAAACGUCGGAGGCAACAGAGCGUACCGGUUGGAAGCGAGCUGGUGCGUUAGGGCAAUAAAAAAUUCAAUCGACAGAGAACUAACUGAGCCGGCUACUACCGGCUACGCGCGACGGGGCAAUAUUAACGAGCGGCAAUCGAGGGAGUCGCUAUGUCGAGCCCGCGAUUAUUCGAAAUAAGAGAAGGACGGUUAAAGAGCGGAUCGGACGAGCCUUAGAAAAAGAAGAUGAACACGGCCAGGACGACGAUGAACCUUCACGACCGUAUACGCACGACAUUGACGCGAGCCAUGCAUCAUCAUCUAGGAAAUUAAUGUUGAAAUAUAGCUGGGGCGAUGAAUGACCGCGAUAGCGAGGGGGUCUCGGCGAGGAACGCGAGCUUUGUCCGCGCCUCUGAAAAAGAAACCAUCGAACCAGCCCGAGGAAAGAAACUCGAAGUCUGUCGCAGACUGUGAGAACUUGAAUCGAUUAACCGUCGAGUCGAUCGCGUGGACUCGGUCGUUAAUUCCCUCACGAGAGUUAAGACGGAUCGAGAGGAUCGACGAAAGCACGAAUCAGACUUUGUGUUAUUCUUCGCGUUCGAUUUACUACCGUACGAGGGAACGGGGCGCGGGUAAUCUCUAGUAGCCGGGAGGAAUGCGGGACUCGCUCGCUUCGGGAUCACUCGGUGGCAAGGUAAUAUUUUCGUAGCGGGUAUUCGAGCACCGAUUAAGGGAAUACGGAGAAAAGGGAACGCAACGAUAAGCUGGUAGCAAGUGAAGACGAAUACGAGGAACGUGGAAGGGGAAGAAAAAUGGUGAACGAAAGGUCAGAGCCGAGAGGAGGACGGAAGAGGGACGAGGAAAAGAAAGAGGGAACCAGGGAGCGAGGAAGAACGACAUGGAAGAUAGCAGUGAGAUAUGUCUAAAUACAUAACCGUGACACGUGAUGGACGUGUUGCGGCCCCUGUCUACAGGGGUCUCGAAGAAGCCUACGGGGCCCGUACCGAUCUCCAUUUGGAUCCACGGGAUUCUGGACUCGGCACCCUGCUACGCGCUAUGCAUCAACACCCAAGAUCCAUCCCAUUAUACCUCAUCAAAAUAACAAACACGCCUUCCAUGCUAAACCAACAUUCUUUUGUUCCCAUCGAAUCCCGGGAUCCAUCAGAAUCACCGCGGACAGUGCGUCAGUGACGUAUAUGCUUUCGUGUAGCCAACGGCCAUAGGGGGUCCAGCAGGCCCGCAAGAAUCCGAGAAGAUAUCCUGAAAUAUUGCUCGAUGGCGGGAGGUCGAGGGUGUGACCCAGCUUUCCAAAACUUCUCCAGACUCUCGUUCUUCUCCCUCGUUGCUCUAUCUCUUGCUAAUCCUUUCUGCGCUAAUUGAAUAAUAAAACUGCGUGUAAGUUUGUUCUAUCGUCUAAUAAAGAGAUCGAGAAAAUGAUUCUCCCAGAGUACGAAAUCUCGACGUGUUUAUCUUUA